GCACGAGCUGAUCCAAAAGCUAAAAGAGACGCAAAGAGACGCGUGCCACUUCUCCAAAACUCUCCGCGCACUCAGCUGAUUCUAAGACCCGAACCCUUCAGCAUCACCAUGGACUCCGUGUACUCCGACAUCGACAGCAACAGCUGCGACUUCUUCCAGCACACAGACGACGAGGAGUCCCGCGGCUCCCCGCGCUCGUCCCCGGGCUCCCCGGAGCCCGAGCAGCCCGCGCAGCCGCAGAAGAAGAGGCGUCGCGGCCGCGGCCGCAGCGAAGGCGCCGUGCCGGUGGUGAGGAAGAACCGGCGCGUGAAAGCCAACGACCGGGAGAGGAACCGCAUGCACAACCUGAACGACGCGCUGGACACGCUGCGCGAGAUCCUGCCCGCGUUCCCGGACGAGACCAAACUCACCAAGAUCGAGACUCUGCGCUUCGCGCACAACUACAUCUGGGCGCUGUCGGAGACCAUCCGCAUCGCGGACCUGCAGGCCGGGAAGAGCGACGCCUCUCUGCUGCGGAGGGAGGCCCCGAGCCCCGGCAGCGACGCCUGCUCCUGGAGCUCGUGCAGCGGCUCUUCGGACUCUUCCUCCCCGGCCUACUGCGCCUCCAGCCCGGGCAGCCCCGCAGCCAAGGACUACCUGCCGCACGACGCGCUGUUCGCCUUCCGCAGCUUCGUGCCGGGCAUCUACUGAGACACACACACACACACACACACACACACGUGUCUGCCAAAAAGUGAUCAUCCGCCGAAAAACUAAAUUUCUGUCCGUGCACGCGCAGCCUCUUUAAGCUCAGUGUCCUCUGUUGUAUUGCUCCUUUUUUUAAAUGUGUUCAAAUCUGUCAAAUAUUGGCUAACUGUCAUUCAUAAAACCAAAAUGAUUCUGAGGCAGAAACACGAAGUAUACGAGCAUGAGAUCACUUUGUGGCGAGAGGAGAAAAAGGACUGGAUCGGCUCUAAUUUAUAGGACUCAGGGCGCUUUAAAAAAAAAUAAUAAUAAUAAAAGAGAGACUUUUUGCUGAACAGAUGAUCAAUUAUAACAAUUCUAAUAAUCGAGUCCCUCUGAGCUCCCAAACACUGAGCAGAGGCGCUGCAAUCACUGUGCAGGUGGACAGAAAGGACUCCGGCUCACUUUUUGGCAGACAGAUGCUCCUUUUUGUCCCGGAGCGGAAUAUUUAAGAGAAGAGAGAGAACCACUGUUUGCCUUAC